AUGACGAGCGAUCAAGAUAUCUUAAAAUGGCAAGAAACUAAAGUUGUCGGCAUUAUUGGGCUUGGUGACAUGGGGUUAAUGUAUGCGAACGCAUUUGCGGAGGCCGGUUGGAAAGUUGUUUGUUGUGAUCGAGCCGAAAUGUAUGAGAUAUUGGUUGAAAAGUAUGCCGAGAACAAGUUUGAAGUGGUACAAAAUGGGCAUUUGGUUUCGCGUGUUAGUGACUACAUUAUUUACAGCGUGGAGGCAGAAAAUAUCGAAAAGAUAGUCUCGUUGUAUGGGCCUUCAACGAGAAUGGGAUCAAUUGUUGGCGGUCAAACCAGUUGUAAAAGUCCUGAAAUCUCCGCAUUUGAGAAAUUUUUACCCCGAGACGUGGACAUCGUUUCGGUGCAUUCGUUACAUGGACCCAAAGUGAGCUCUGAAGGUCAACCAUUGGUCAUUAUUAGACAUCGCUGCUCUAGAGACUCGUCCUCGCCCUUGGUCGAAGCGAUAAUGUCAUCUUUGAAAAGCCAAUUCGUUUUUUUGACGUACGAGGAGCACGAUAGGAUUACUGCCGACACCCAAGCCGUCACGCAUGCUGCGUUCUUGAGUAUGGGCCUAGCAUGGUAUAAAAUGAGACUAUAUCCGUGGACUAUCGGCGCAAAUCGGUGGUUUGGAGGCUUUGAAAACGUAAAAGUAAACAUUUCGCUCAGAAUUUAUUCCAAUAAAUGGCAUGUCUAUGCUGGGUUGGCCAUUAUGAACCCCUCUGCUCACAAACAGAUCAUGCAAUACGCGACUAGUACGACUGAACUAUAUUCGCUUAUAGUCGCUGGGCAAAAAGAUGAGUUGCGAGAGCGAUUGUUUAGAGCAAAACAGUACGUCUUCGGAAAACAAGAAGGUCUACUUCUGUUAGACGACUCACUUUUAGAAAAUUAUUCUUUGAGCACACGACAGCCGCGUGAGGGUGAAAAAACGUUACCCAAUUCUCACCUUUCAUUACUUGCCAUCGUCGAUAGUUGGUACCAGUUGUCCAUCAAUCCUUAUGACCAUAUGAUAUGUUCUACACCGCUAUUCAGGAUAUUUUUGGGCGUGUCAGAAUAUUUGUUCAUGACUCCGGGACUUUUAGAGGUAACAAUAGACGCAGCGGUCGAUUGCAACGCGUUUAGACGAGACGAUUUGGAAUUUGCGGUUGCGGCUCGCAUGUGGAGUGCAAUUGUAUCAUUCGGAGAAUUUAAUCUGUACAGGAAACAGUUCGAGGAAGUCCAAGAGUUUUUCAAACCCAUGUUACCCGAAGCCAAUAAGAUUGGUAACGAGAUGAUCAAAAUGAUUCUGAGUAACUCAAAAUGA